ACAGCAUGGUAAGGAAUUGUGUUGGAUGAUCAGUGAUUGUUGUGUUGGACUGGUAUGGCAUGGUUAGUACUUGUGUUGGAUAGUAGGGGGUUGUUGUGGUUGACUGAGGGCGUGCGCAUGUGUGCAAUGUGCGCCUGUGCCGGAACAUACAUUUGUCUAUCUCUCUACGUUGUAUUUUAGCGAACUGCUUUGCAACAAGGCUGCUGAGUAAAAAUUCAUUUUUAGUGUUGACUUUAAAGACUAGACUCACUGGCUAUUUUAACUAUUUUUUACAUGUCAAAGCUGAUUGUUGAUAAACAGACAAGCGAGCUGUACAACGAGUGACAACAAAUUACACCACGUGACAACGAGUGACACCACGUGACAACAAGCCACACAACGAGCGACACCACGUGACAACGAGUGACACCUAUGACACCACGUGACAACAAGUGACAACAAGCCAUACAACGAGUGACAACAAGUGACAAUAAGUGACAACAAGCCAUAAAACGAGUGACAAAAAAUGACAAAGAUUAAGAACAAGUGACACCCAUUGACAACAAGUCAUAUUCACACGCAAAAACAAAAGCUUUUUUCCAGUAAGAAGAUAUCUUUAGUAAGUAUCAAAUAAAUGAAAUUAAGUAUGCAUCAAAUAACAACCCACCAAAACUAUAAGCUAUACGUACUUAAUAAUGCGUGUAACUUGUGUCUGAAUAAAAAGCACCUUACCACAAUCCUUUCUUUAGUAACGUGUUGAGAAAAAAAGAAACAUGUAACUUAAUAGUCACAUAGAAAAAUUAGAACAAACAAGGUAUGCAUCUUAAAAUAUAGAAAAGAGCACACAAAAAUUCACAAUCUUAAUAGUAAAAGCAUCAAAAUUACAAUACCUUUCGAUGAAUAAAAAAAAUGUUUUUUAUUGCUAUUUACGAUAUCAUUAAGAAAUGCAGUAUGAGUGGUAAAUUAAGUUUUUUUAAACGGUCAUAGUGCUGUCAAAUUACGAGGUUCUUUUCAUUGGGUUUCGGGCUGUCAAUAAAAGGCACAUGUUCUGCUUAUUUCAGCCUCGUCACCAGGGGUUGUCGAAGACAAUUGUUAGCCCCCAACGAUAGCGCAUACUUUAUUAUUCCGUGGGAAUUGAUUUGUCUGCAAUGGAGAGAAAAUAAAAUCAGAGGGGGAGAACCAUCUCCGUUGCUUUGGACAGACAAGGUAGAAAGCGUGAGCAAUGUAAACAAACAAUCAAGGCAUAGAAAGCACGUUGUUCGCACAGGGAAAUAUGGAAAACAUGCACAAGAAAAGAAAGAAUUUGCAAUGGUUUGGACAUGCUGACAUCAAUGUCAUUGAAAAGUUUGUCUAUUUUACCAUAUGGAUACCGUCAGUGAUUUUUCCAUUUUUGUGUUUGUACCAACUAUCAGUGACAUACCAAUCUGAUUUUGCCAAAGAAAAUUUUGUCCAGAUAUCGUGGUUUUCAUGGUUUAAAGAUAUAAGUGACUAUGAAUGGACAUUCUGGUGGAAUUAUGCUGCUCAGUUUGCAUUUAUGUUUUCAUGCUACUCGUUUGGAGGAAUUGUUUUCACCUGGAAAUUCCCUGCAUCUAAACAAAUUUAUUACACACUAAUGUCAUAUGUGUUUCUUACUUUCUGUGUAUCUCUCCAAGGUGUUCUGCUGAUCACUUGCCAUCUCAUGCUCUUUUAUGUAAUUGUUACCUUCCUCAGGAAUAAAUUAUUCAUGUGGAUUUGGUCUCUUGUUUGUAUAUACUUUAUCAAUAAUCCAGAUUGUCUGCAGUUCCAAUUACACACAUUUAAAGUUGAUUAUAUGUACGAGAACGUUAUUCUAUACUCAUUGUUAAUGUCAUACUUGCGUCUUAUCAGUUUUGGUUGCGAAACGAUUGACAGUGGUGAAAAUGUUUCAUUCCAAACAUUCCUAUCCUACAAUUUAUACCUGCCACUAUUUUUUAAUGGCCCAGUUCUUACGUUUGAUUUGUAUAACGAUGGUAUAAAGAAACCUGUUAAACUUAACCUAAGGGAAAUUGGUCAAGAUGCUUUAACAUGCUUUGUAUAUGCAGUUGUUUUGAAUAUUUCAUAUUAUUUCGUGUAUGCUCCUGCUCUUGCACAGCAUGACUUCAUCUUGGAAGAUAUCACACAGAUAGAAGCUAUGUGUGUGUGUUGGGUGCAUAUAAUGUAUUUUUGUGUCAAGUAUUACGUGUUCUAUCGAUUUGCCGGAAUUUUUGUAAAGCUUGGUGGUUUAGUAUCACCUGGUCCCCCCAAAUGUGUGUCAUCACUAUAUACAUUUGUUGACAUGUGGCGCUACUUUGACAAAGGUUUGUAUCGCUUUCUACAACGAUGCAUUUAUUUUCCUUUGGGUGGUUCAAGAUUUGGUAUAAAACGACAAGCCAUAGCAUCAAUUUUAUGCUUUAGUUUUGUUAGUUUUUGGCACGGAAGCACAGAAUCUCUAUGGAGUUGGGCAAUUUCAAAUUGCUGUGGUAUAAUUAUGGAAACAAUCAUGUUAUCCAUAAUGGAGUAUAUGAAUGCGAGACACUAUUUAGGUUCUGUCUUGUACCGAAGAGUUUGUUGUGUGGGUGGUUCAGUAUCUAUUUUCUUUUUGAUAUACACCAAUAUGAUAUUUUUAGUUGGUUUACAAGCAUCAAAUAUACUACUUUGGAAAAUAGUAGGAAAUGUUAAAAAUUUGUUAAUACUGUUAUUUGUAUUGUAUUGUUCAGCUCAAUGUUCUGUUACAGUGGGUUAAUAAGGCCUGUUGUUUUUAAAAAUGGUUUAUAAAGUUGUGCGAAGUGUUUUUUUAAUGUACACAUGUACACACCAAUAGUUUGUUUAAAAGGUUUUAAAAGCUGAGUUGGUUUUUAACUUUCAAGGAGAUUUUUAAAAUUUAUAUAGUUAUGGUAGACCUUAUUUAAUACCUAAUAUGUUUUUUAGAAUGUGUCCUUGUUAUCUUCAAUAUAUCAUAAGUUUUCAAAGUACAUGUUAUAAAAAAGUACAUCAACAGCAAUAAUGUUUGAAUUUUAAUGUCGAAACUUUCAUGUUCUUUUUCAUUGUUUUCUUUAGAAUGAAUGACUUUCUUAAUAAAUAAUAAAUAAACCAUGGCUAUUGUUUUCUCACGUGAUUGCUUUAUGAUAUUAGUUGUUGUUAUUUAAAUACUUUUUUGUGCUUAAAACAUUUAGACUGCUCUUAUGGUAAAUGAUUUUUAUUGUAAUUGUAAAUUAAUUACCCCUAGAUAAAAUUCCAGGAACUUUUUUACGCCAUCUGACUUUUUGAGAAUGAUAUUUUUGGCAUUACUAAUCUAAAAUUUUAAAAUUAUACCUCCUUCUUGCCUAAAAUUCUUUAUUUCCGGUUCGUUUUAACGUAUCUGGUCUUUUUUAAAAAAAACACUCUGCUUUAAGGGCGUUUAUAAGCAACCAUGUGACCUAAAUUAAAGAGUUAAAAAUGGCAAAAGUUUGAACAUUAUUUCUUCUUUUAUAAAAAAUUAAAAUAGUAUGUCAAAAUAGACAAAAACAUACUUUGAUACCAACUGGGAAAUUUUACAUCUAUUUUUUACUGCGGUGCGCACACAUUUUGAGUUGAGUUGUGAAACUGAAUCUCACUCUCUUUUAAAAAUUCUGAUAAACUAAGUGAGGUAAACAAAAUAAGCGAAAUCCGAAAAUAUGAAUAUUGUCUUAAAAACGUUUUUAAAAGUUCUUUUUGUAUGUUUUUCUUAAAUGCUACAGUUUUUAAAAAAGUUUACUGAAUUUUGAAGUACUUUUCCACAUAUUAUAUAUUUUAGCUUAAUGUGUAUUAUGGAGUAUUUAAAAUAAUUGUUAUUUUAAUUUCCUAAUUUAAAAGCAAAUUAUAAUUAUUUAUGGGCAUACUUACAAUGGGUGAAAUUAUUAUUUAUUGUGACAUUACAUUAAGGGUAGAUAUUUUUAUAUGAUAUUUAAGGUAACUAAUUUUCCUUGUAGCUUUUUAUUAUUCAAAUCAACAGUAUAUAUAUAUAUAUAUAUAUAUAGAUAGAUAUAUUUUGAUAAUGUGUAGCAGAAACUAUAUUAGACAUUGUACAACCCGAUUAUUUAUGAAGUUUUACAUGUAAAAAUUGCGAAAAUACAGCAAAAUCACUCUUGUUCAUUAACCCAGCCCAACAUGACUUGCCUCAAAUGUUGUAAAAAGUUUCUGUUGAUGUCAAUGUUAAAUAUGAAAACUAAUCUUUUUGUCUGUAACAAAAGGUGCUAAGGUUUUUAAAUUUUAAGAAAAUUUAAUGGGACAAGUAAUGGUAAGUUAUAUUGUAAAGCUUAAGAAGCUUAGAGCUUAUUUCGUUUUGGAAAUAUAUAGUUUUAAAUUUCAUAAAACGUGAAUUUUAGAUUUUUUAUAUAUACACUUUUUAUAUAAAGUUGCAACAAUACACGUUAAUGUAUCUCUCCUGUUCAAACCUCUUAAAUAUCAUUUUAAUUCCAUCUUUUAUGAAAUCCUUUAAAAACAAUUUUUGGAGGGCUGUGUGGAACAUUUUUUGCCAUUUUUCAGUCUAACAAA